CUUGUCUUGUAAGCUGGGUUCUGGACCCUGAGGUUGCGCGGCCUUCUUUGUAUUUGACUUUGGGGCGGACAUACAUAGGAAUACAUACAUAAGUACAUCGGUAGGUACCUUGUGGUUGCGCAUGAUUGAAGAAGGCUUGGGUUGGGAUUCUUGUGCUUUACAAUCUUUCAUUUUAAUUCGCCUGGUCGACUAGCUAGCUUCUCGAACACCAAACCCAUUGAAGUGCGAUAACUAACAUCCAGCAUGGCCUCGCGCACCGCUGUCUGAAGACCUCGUCCGAUAAUCCUCAGGCUGAAACGUUAUGAGAAGUCUCUGGACCAUUAACAACAAUAAAUAAUCACCAGUCACUCGACUCGGCGCAAUCAUGAUACCCCAACAUGUCUACGACUUAUGCCAGAGUGGAAAGUCAGUGACGUCGGAGCUUGCCAAUAACCCCUCUUUGACGCCCAAAGAAGCGGCGAAGGCCUUAUUUGGAAUCGAUAUCGAGGAUGAUGUAUGCAACAAAACUCUUGAACUCCGACACCCAGGGGAGAAAGAGAUCGAGCAAGCGCGACAGUGUGGGAAUUGGGGGGAUUCAAAACCGAGUGAUUUAUUUCUCAAGAUCUAUCACGAUGUCCUCUGCACACUGGACAAGAACCCACUCCUCGGAUCCUGUUCACCAUCUCUCCUCGGAAGCAGUGGAGUAUGUCCAUUGACAAUCAUGGCGCCCGUACCGGAUAUCUGUCGGCACAUGUCCAAUGUGAUUGCCCGGGCCGAACAUGAAGUCUUUCUGGCGACCAAUUUCUGGAUGCACUCGGAGCCGACCAAGCUGAUCACGCAAGGUUUACGAGAGCUGUCAAAGAAGGCAGUGGCGUCGAACCGUAAAGUGGUGGUGAAGAUUAUGUAUGAUCGUGGGAGUCCAAAGCAAAUGGUCAAGAAUCACCUUAUGGUCCAGGAAAAGGAAUACGCAGAUCCAAACGGCAAGAUUCAAAUCCCCAGUGCCGAUCAGUUGCCCAAUGUUGAUGUUCAAGUCAUGAAUUUUCAUACUCCUGUCUUUGGAACAUUUCAUGCAAAGUAUAUGGUUGUGGACCGCAAGAUUGCGGUUGUGCAGAGUAAUAAUAUUCAGGAUAUUGAUAAUCUGGAGAUGAUGACGCAGUUUGAAGGGCCGAUUGUGGAUUCGUUUUAUGAUAUUGCUUUGAUAUCGUGGCAUGAAGCUAUGAAGCCACCUUUGAAAUGCUUAGGCAGCCCGGCUAUGGGCGGUCCGAUGCCGACUUUUGGUGUGGAAAGCUAUGCUUCUCUCUUUGAGGACAAGACUGGACAAAGUGCGCAACUCUAUCAGGCGACAAACCCCGUUCCUGAGGGUGACAGCACUCUUCCGCAGAUCGCGGAACAUGGAGCACAGGUUGAUCUUCCACAGCAUACUUCUGAUGACCCUCAUUUUGAUGAGGAUGUCAAAUCCGAGGUCUUACGGGCGGUCGCGUCUCUCAAUCCACGACAUGGAGAAACGAGAAUUAAUGCCGUGACUCGGCUUCUCAAUACACUGAUCCAACCGGAUACCAAAGGAACAGCUCCAGAGAUCGAACCAGCUCAAGGCAUGACUCCUCUCAUCCCCAUCCCUCCACACGAGCCGUUUCCAAUUGCCAUGGUUUGUCGGAAACCCUGGGGUGCACCAACCAAAACCUCCGUUCACACCCCGCAGAACCAAGCAUGGACAGCGGCAUUGCGAUAUGCAACCAAGUCUGUUUUCAUCCAGACCCCUGACCUCAACGCCGAAGCCCUGCUCCCAGAAAUCCUGGCUGCAUGUCGACGCGGGAUCCACGUGACAUACUAUUACUGCCUAGGAUACAACGAUGCAGGAGAACUCUUACCAAUGCAAGGAGGCCACAAUGAAGGCAUUGCGCAUUAUCUAUACAGCGAACUGGCAGAGAAGGACCGUCAGAACCUAGACGUGUAUGUCUAUGUUGCCAAGGACCAAGUGCGACCAAUCCACAACAAGUUCAAGCAGCGAUCUUGCCAUAUCAAGAUCAUGAUUGUGGAUGGUCACAUUGGUAUCCAAGGGAAUGGGAACCAAGAUACCCAGAGUUGGUAUCACAGCCAGGAGGUGAAUGUCAUGAUUGACAGUGAAUUGGUCGUGGGCAAAUGGAUCGAAGGCAUCCGGCAGAAUGAAAACACUCACCUCUAUGGCAAAGUCGAAAAGGAGGGAGAGGACUCGGGGUGUUGGAAGGAUUCAGAGACAGGGAAACAGGCUGAAGGAGCACUGGGAGUUGACCCUGGGAAGUUUGCUUGGGCGCGUGGUUUCAUGGGUGCAAUUCAAAGGGUCAGGGGUAUGGGUGGAUUCUGAAUGCGUCUUUGGAAGGGAACAUGGUGUUGAAUGGUUU